UGCAGUGACGUCACCGGCGUUGUGGAGAGGAGAAGCCGGAGUAAGAUGGCGGGGUCCAAGGUGAAGCAGGACAUGCCUCCUCCGGGAGGCUAUGCUGCUUUUGACUACAAGAGAAAUCUGCCGAAACGAGGACUCUCAGGAUAUAGCAUGUUCGGCAUUGGCAUUGGCAUCAUGGUGUUUGGUUAUUGGAGGCUUUUUAGCUGGAACAGAGAGAGGAGGCGUUUGCAGAUUGAGGAGCUGGAAGCCAGGAUAGCCCUGCUGCCCCUGCUGCAGGCGGAGCAUGACCGAAAGUCCUUACGUAUGCUACGGGAAAAUCUAGAAGAGGAGGCGAUCCUCAUGAAGGAUGUUCCCGACUGGAAGGUCGGUGAGAGCGUCUUCCACACGGACCGCUGGGUCACCCCUCUGUCGGACGAGCUGUUCAACCUCCGCCCCCGCGAGGAGCUUUUGCACACCCGUUACGGCUUUACGUGGUAUGUGUGAGACCCACAGUGUCUGGAGCUCCACGGCCAGCACCUUGCGGACCUGAGCCCUCGCUCAAUUCAGCUUGUACAUUUUCAAUAUUAAAGUAUCUUUUUUUCUGUACCUCA